AUGACGAUGCUGCUGGACGGAGGGCCGCAGUUCCCGGCGCUGGGGGUGGGCAGCUUUGCGGCGCCCCGCCACCACGAGAUGCCGGGUCGCGACGCCGGCGGCGGCGGCAUGGGGCUGGGCCCCUUCGGGGACUCUUCGCACGCCGCCGCCUUCAAGCUGAACGCGGCCCCGCACGACCUCGCCGCCGGGCAGAGCUCGGCAUUCACGCCGCAGGCGCCGGGCUACGCCAGCGCCCUGAGCCACCACCACCAUCACCACCACCACGCCGGCCAGGUACCCUCCUACGGCGGGGCCGCCGCCUUCAACUCCACCCGCGACUUUCUGUUUCGCAACCGCGGCUCCGGCAUCGCGGACGCGGCCUCCGGCACAGCGCAGCACGGGCUCUUCGGCGGCUCCCCCGGCGGCUUGCACGGCCCCGGCGGCAUCCCGGACACCCCGGGCUACCUGCUCUUCCCGGGGCUGCACGAGCAGAGCCCAAGCCACACGUCCCCCAACGGGCAUGUGGACAACGGGCAGAUGCACCUGGGGCUGCGCGGGGACCUCUUCGGGCGGCCGGAUCCCUACCGGGCCGUCUCCAGCCCCCGCACGGACCCUUAUGCCGGCGCCCAGUUCCACAACUACAACCACAUGAAUAUGAAUAUGGGCAUGAACGUGGCGGCCCACCACCACCACCACCACCACGGCCCCGGCGCUUUCUUUCGGUACAUGCGCCAGCCCAUCAAGCAAGAAUUGUCCUGCAAGUGGCUCGACGAGAGCCAGCUCAGCCGGCCCAAGAAGAGCUGCGACAGGACUUUCAGCACCAUGCACGAACUGGUGACCCAUGUCACCAUGGAGCACGUCGGGGGGCCGGAGCAGAACAACCACAUCUGCUACUGGGACGAGUGUCCGCGGGAAGGCAAGUCCUUCAAGGCGAAAUACAAACUGGUGAACCACAUUCGGGUGCACACGGGGGAAAAGCCCUUCCCAUGCCCCUUCCCGGGCUGCGGCAAGAUCUUUGCCCGCUCCGAGAACCUCAAGAUUCACAAGCGGACGCACACAGGUGAGAAGCCUUUCAAGUGCGAGUUUGAGGGCUGCGACAGGCGCUUCGCCAACAGCAGUGACAGGAAGAAACACAUGCACGUCCACACCUCGGACAAGCCCUACAUCUGCAAGGUGUGCGACAAAUCCUACACCCACCCCAGCUCACUUAGGAAACACAUGAAGGUGCACGAAUCCCAGGGGUCGGACUCUUCCCCUGCGGCCAGUUCGGGGUACGAGUCCUCCACCCCCCCUGCGGUGGGCUCCGCCGGCAGUAAGGACUCCACUAAAACGCCGCCGGCCGCCCUGCAGAGUAACCCCGGCCAUAACCCUGGACUGCCCCCCAAUUUUAAUGAGUGGUAUGUGUGAAGGCAGCUGCUGCCCGGCCACAGACUGGACCAAAUGCAUAGGGAACGAGGAAAAAAAAAAGGACAAACCAAGCCAACUGCAGCUGGCUCCCAAGGAAAUGGAGUUUCCACACCGACGACCGCAUAGGGCUACACCUACUUAACUGCCAGGAUGCGGAGGGUUUUGUUUUUUUUAUUAUAAUAUAAUUAUUACUUUUUUUUUUUUUUUUCAAGCCCAGACGCUGGACUAGCCAUGUCCUUUUCUCAGGAUUAGAUUUCUUUUUUUUUUUUUUUGGUCUUUUUUUUCAGUCUCAGUCGUUUCUUUGAUUUUCACCCCCCCACCUUGCCGGAGUCUCUCUUCCUCGAAUUCCCCACUUAUUUUAUUUUUCUUAAUUUGUUUGUUUUUUUUUUUUUUUCUUUCUUUCGGUGGGAUGUUGACAUGAGGAUAAAAGUUCUCCUUCGCCUUAGUGGUGAUUGUUUAAACUUACAGUCUUAAACCGUGCCAAAGUCCUGUUAUGUCUUGAACUUUCCUUUCUAGCUCUCCUGCUGCUUCUUUCUCUGCUCUUCUCUUUUUCCUUCUCUCUCCAAGCAUUACACUUGUGAAUGUAUUCUCGUCUGAUGGGGUCGGUCAGUAUUUUUCAGGAUGAGGAUGUGGUGUUUAUUCUGCCCAGAUUGUGAUGUUUAGUAUAACAGUUGCCUUUUUGUAAUAACUUUUUUUGUAAAUACAUACCCAUGAUGCCAUAUUUAUCGUUCGUAAUUUAAUUAUUGAUACAAAGUGCCGGGAACUGAACAAUAUUUAUGGGGGAGAAAAAAUUGUUUUCUAACAAAAAAUACAAGCAAAAAAAAAAUCCAA